AUGUACUAUAUUUAAGGACUUCUGUGUUUUUUCUCAAUCGAUGUUUACUGUGUAAAAGUCUCGAAAUAAAAAUGAACAGACGUGAGAAAUGCAUCAAAGGUUGGUGUUUUUUACAACAAUUGUGAGUAUCCUCGGUGUAAUAUUGGACUGCUGUAUCCUUGUAUCCUGUUGGACGCACAGAGAAUUGGGGUUCAGCCAUUUCGCCUCAUUCGCGGAAUAUUAGAUUGGCUCUAAUAACGAACUGUUUCUAGCGAUAGGAGAGAUGUCUGAGAUUGAAGCUGUUUUAGAAAUAACAAUCAAAAUAUUUCUAAAAGUUCAAAAAACUGUUAGCAUGGUUUUUAUGACAAUUAGCGAAUGUUUACAAAUAAAAUUGCUCUCUACUUAUGCUAAGCUCAAUCUCGAAGCAAUCUGAGAUGAAUGAUUCACGUUGGUUGCAUUAUGUUUCCGAAGAGAAAGGUGGGGAAAACAUGGUGAAAUCUAUAUUUUAAUUACCUUAAGAAACACUUCAUCUUCUCGAGAGAUCUUCUCGUAUCAAAAGUAAAAAAAAAAUAUACUUUAAAAGAUAACAUCGUCGUCAUCAUCACCACAAAGAGAAAAUCAGCUUUCAUCAUGCUUUUGAAGAGAAAGCCGGAUAACGCAUGAUGAAAGUAAAAGCACUCAUAUUUCUACCAUCGGAAUCAGACCUCGAGGACAUUUCGAAGAAGCAGAGCUUUUUUAAGAGGGCGUGCAGUUGACUACGUAGGAUGAUAAGAUCGCUCUUCCAUCACUUGUCUUGGCGGAGAAACAGAACCUUUAUUUUUGCUCUCAUAUUUUUUAGACGCUGAAUUUUCAAUCGAGUGAACUCUAGAAAACCGUCCAGGACUCAGAAAUAAAAGUCGUAGAAGGGUCAAAAUUUGGAUUCAUAGGUUUUCACGCAUACUGAACAAGAUGGAACUAGUUAGAAGCAAAUCGGAGACAUUGAUUGAGCAUGACUUGUUGUUUCUCUCAUGCAAUGACUGACUCUUAGAUAAUUCUCAGGUAAUUCUGUAAUUCAGGUUUAAAAACAAGAUCGCUGUGCCAUACAGAAUCAAAUGCUCGAGAAAGGUCAAGAAAAAUUUCCCGCAUAAAGCCCACUUCUUCUAAACCUUCAUGAAUGUAAUGUAUUAGGCUUAGUAGUUGAUUUACGCAAGAAUCGGGUUUCACGAAACCAGAUUGAUGAGCAGAAAUAAGUUUGUUGGAAAAGCGAUAAUUAUAAAGAUAAGUGGAAAUUACUCUUUCCAUUAUUUUACCUAUGAUCGGUAACAGUGUAACGGGUCGAUAAUUUUCUACUUCAUGUGGGUUAUCUGUCUUGAAAAUUGGGGUAAUGUUGCUUAUUUUCAAAACAUCACAAAAAACAGAAAGUUUUAACUAGAAUUCAUGAGAUCACAGAUGAUAGGUACUAGUACGGGUGUAGCUUCUUUGGUUAUUCUUGCAGUUACACCCUCAGCAACUGCCCUAUUUAGCUCGAUUUUAUUCAUGACUUUCACUGCAGGUGAAACGAUUACAGAUGACAUUCUAACUGCAGUUGUAAAAUGGAAAGGUGGAAAGAUUAUUUAUUUGGGAUCGAGACAUAAUACAGGUAAAACUGAAUCAUGGGGUGCUGUUGGUCAUUCGCUCGUGGCACAAAUCGCUCAAACAUUUUUAACUGAUUCAACCGAUACUUUUGCCAAAGACCUUUUGCCAUGGUUUGUGUAUGGAAAUUUAAGUAGUCUUUCAUCGUGGCCGGAUAACAUUUUAUAUGAAAAUACAAAUCCUGUUGAGUAUGUCAAUUGGGCGUGGUCGCGUGAACUUCAUUACGUCAAUACACCAGACUGGUUAUGCCACUACGUUCCAGUAAGAGACUGUGUCGCCGAAAAGUGUAUCGAUGGUUCAAUACAAAAUUAUACGAGAAGACUAGCUGAUACAAGGUUGGAUUUUGUGCAAAGACAAGAAGCACUGCAGUUUUUAGUCCAUUUUUUGGGCGAUAUACAUCAACCAUUGCAUGCUGGAUUUUCAUCGGAUCGUGGUGGAAAUGAUUUAACAGUCGAUUUAACCUACCACAAGUAUGCAGACAACAUUACUCAAUGGUCAACAUGUCCUACAUCUGAUCAGUCACAAUUUUCUGCAUGUUCAACUACGUGGAUACAAGAAGAUAAUGAUUUAAAUUGUAACACAGUUUAUAUCGAUGAAGAUGGUAAUCAUUUAAAUAACUUAACAAAGUUUCAUCUAAACAACGUAUACUUUAAUCGUGUUCUGCCAAUCAUGGAGCAACGACUGAUUCAAGCGGGUGUGAGACUGGGUAAAAUGUUGAUUUUGAUAGAAGACUAUGUUCGGACCCAUAAAUAUGCAGAUAAAACACGACUGUGUGGCGGUACAAUUGCAUUGAUCAUUAUUUUAGUAUUGGAAGGAAUUAUAGCGCUAUUAAUUGUCUGUUGUUGGGUUUGUCGCAGAAAUGCUGGACAAAAGUACGAUCAACUGACAUAA